AUGGCCCAUCCACCGCCACCUGGAUGUCACGUCGCCACCAUCCUUUUCAUGACAGAGAAUGAAGAUCUCGAUCCUGAAGCUAUAGAAUCUCAUACAUUGAGAUUGGCACUGGGAGGUGUUGCUGGUAUACUCGUGCACGGCGAUAAUGGGGAGGCUCAGCUGCUCUCAAAGAGUGAGCGACGCGAUGUCAUCAAGAUUACCCGCCAGGUGUUGGACAAGAACGGGUUCACUAACGUUCCUGUCAUCGCUGGUGCUAGUGCACCGUCUACCAGAAUGACAAUCCAACUAUGCAAGGAAGCAGCAGAUUCCGGCGCGUCGUAUGCACUUAUCACCCCUGAAUCUGCUAUCGCUUCAUAUCGCGCGAUCGCAGAUAAUUUCCCCAUUCCUAUCAUUAUCUACAAUUUCCCGACGGUCACGAACGGGCUAAACCUCGACUCUGACGCGAUCGUAGACCUUGCGGAGCACCCAAACAUCGUAGGCGCGAAGCUCGCUUGUGGUGAAAUGGGUAAGCUUCACAGGCUCGCGUCCGUUUUCUCUCCAUCCGAAUUUGGGAUAUACACGUCGACGACGGAUUGCAUGCUCCACGGUCUGAUAUCUGGAUGCGCUGGGACGAUGUCAGCGUCACCAAAUAUAAUCCCCAAGCUGCAUGUGGCGCUGUAUGAUCUGUUCAAGCUGGGUAAGAUGGACGAGGGGCUGAAAUUGCAGACGAAUAUCGCCCAUGCGGAUUGGGUGGUAAGGAAGCUUGCGCCACUUGCUGGAAUUUUUGGUUGUGGGAGUAACGUUGUGCGUUCGCCGUUGAAGGCCGUGGGGGCAGAUACUUUUAUGGGGAGCAACCAUUCUGCGGCUUUGGAGGAAGUGAUCGGGAUGGAGAAGCAGGUUUGAAGAGCACGUUACGGU